GUCAUAACUGCGAGGCAGACGAGCAGUGAUGGAAUCACUGGAUACUGAGGUGAGAGCACGGAAGACUCUGGGAACUGUUGAGUAUGUAGAGUCUUCAGGCUUCGCCCAGGGAAUCCUGCCAACCAAGAAGGAUGUGAUUCAGAACAUGCUGUACUUACUGCAGCCCAAAAGAGCUGGCCAGGCCCAGCGCUCCAAAGAGGAUGCGGCCCAGUUGCUUGCUGAGCAUCUGCAAGAGCACUGGUUGGUUUGCAACUUGCACACCAUCGCGACGCAAAAUAUAAAGAAACUUAUCCUCAAAAUGUAUGAGGAGUUUACCAGAUUGUAUCAGACCAGAAAGCAGAGACAGAACCAGGCUUUUUCCGAGCGAGUAGACAGAUUCAACGAGAGUUCAGAGAAGCUCUUUGAUGUAUUUUGUACAGACACGCAGAUGAGAAAUAAACUGGAGGAAUGCAGUGAAAUAAAAAUGACUAGCAUUGAGUGGAAAUUUCUCGAAGAUCAAAGAACCGAAAGAAAAAUGUACUAUGAAGAUUUCACAGACAAGCAAGAAUUGAAAAUGAUGGAAAGAAGACAAAAGAUACAGUGUCUGGAGCACUUCAGAAAACUCGCCAGGGAGGAGAAGGAAGGAAACAAAGCGAAGAAAAUGAAAAUUAAAAGUGAAGAGCAACAAUCAGACGAAGGCACGAGCGUGGAUGAAUCCUACCCCACAGAGGAGGAGAACGGCGGGCCUCCGGCCUUUUCGCUGCGGGGCAGAAGGAAGCGUCGGUGCACCAUGAAUCCCGCGGGUGCCGACAUGCCCCUGGAGAGCGAGCAUAUACGGAUGAGCAUCAGGAGAGUCAGGCCUGGGUUCUACGAGACUGUGGAGAAGGUCAAAAACUGCUAG